AUGUCGCAAGCAGUCACGAUCCGCAGUGCGCCCGUCGAGGCUGCUCUGCUCGAGUCCGCCGUGGCUCGUCCUGCCGCCUCUUCCAAGCGGAGUGUGCGGUUAAAUGGAGUCAAGACCUUCCGUGGAGGACAUCUGGGUCAAAGCUUCGCCGCUACAACUCAAAGCGCACCUAUCGAUCGGCUUCAAUCCAAGCAGAGGAUCCAUGGCCGCUCCGCAGUGCGCGCCGCCGUCGCCGUUGAGGCUCCUGUUGCUUCUGUCGCAGACGAAUCAACGCUGGUAACCCGCUCCGACAUUCGCAACAUCGCCAUCAUCGCACACGUCGACCACGGCAAGACGACGCUCGUCGACGCCAUGCUCAGACAAGCCAAGGUGUUCCGCGACAACCAGCAGAUGCAGGAGCGCAUCAUGGACAGCAACGACCUGGAGCGCGAGCGAGGCAUCACGAUCCUGAGCAAGAACACGGCCAUCCGGUUCCGCGGCACCAAGAUCAACAUCAUCGACACGCCCGGCCACUCCGACUUCGGCGGCGAGGUGGAGCGCGUGCUCAACAUGGUUGAUGGAGUGCUGCUUCUGGUUGAUUCAGUGGAGGGUCCUAUGCCGCAGACGCGGUUCGUGCUGAAGAAAGCUCUAGAGCUGGGGCACCGCGUGGUGGUGGUGGUGAACAAGGUGGACCGCCCAGCGGCGCGCGUGCAGCACGUUAUCAACGCCACCUUCGAGCUCUUCUGCGAGCUCGAAGCCACCGACGACCAGUGCGACUUUGCUACUGUCUACGCGAGUGGGAUUCAAGGGAAGGCUGGUAUGGAGCCCGAUGCGCUUUCUGACGAUCUCGAGCCGCUGUUUGAGACAAUUAUUAAGAGCGUUCCGGCGCCGAAAGUGCAGCAGGACACGGCGCUCCAGAUGCUGGUGACGAACCUGGAUUAUGACGAGCAUAAGGGGAGGAUUGCGAUUGGGCGCGUGCACGCGGGGAAGAUCGCGCGCGGGCAGGUGGCGAAGAUCUGCACGCCGGAUGGAGCCUGCCGCGUGGCGAAGGUCGUGGAGCUGUUCGUGUAUGAUAACUUCGCACGAGUUCCCGUUGAUGACGUGGAGGCGGGAGACAUCUGCGCGUUGUCCGGCCUGCCAGACGUGCAGAUCGGCGAGACGAUCGCGGACCGCGACGGCGACGCGCUGCCGACGAUCUCGGUGGAGGAACCGACGGUCAAGAUGAGCUUCUCCGUGAACGUGUCGCCGUUCUCGGGGCGCGAGGGGAAAUUCGUGACGUCGCGGAACCUGCGCGACCGGCUGAUGAGGGAGCUGGAGAGGAAUCUGGCGAUGAAGGUGGAGGACGGGGAGAGCGCUGAUACGUUUCUGGUCAGCGGACGCGGUACUCUGCACAUCACCAUCCUCAUUGAAAACAUGCGGAGGGAGGGGUACGAGUUCAUGGUGGGGCCACCACGGGUCAUUAACAAGAUCGAGGACGGCAAGACGCUAGAGCCGUAUGAGGAAGCGGUGGUGGAGGUCCCAGAGGAGUAUGUGGGAGCUGUGGUGGACAUGCUGGGCACACGCAAGGGGCAAAUGCUCGACCUACAGGCCUCCAGCUCGGGCAGCACAAUCGUGAAGUAUCGUGUGCCGACCCGUGGCCUGCUGGGGCUGCGCAACGCCAUGCUCACUGCCACGCGUGGCACGGCUGUCAUCAACACCAUCUUUGACAGCUAUGGACCGUGGGCAGGCGACAUGAGCACACGCGAGCAAGGCUCCCUGGUGUCAUUUGACAUGGGCCCAACCACGUCGUAUGCGCUCUUCAGCUGUCAGGAGCGGGGGCAGCUGCUGCUGGGGCCGGGAGUGGAGGUGUACAAGGGGAUGAUCAUUGGUCUUCACCAGAGGCCCGGAGACCUGGACCUGAACGCGUGCAAGAGGAAAGCGGCCACCAACGUGCGAUCCAACAAGGAUGCCACAGUGGUGUUGGCGGCGCCCCUUGAGUUCAGCUUGGAUGAUUGUGUGGAGUACAUUCAAGAGGAUGAGCUCGUGGAGGUCACACCCCUUUCAGUCCGCAUGCUCAAGAACCCCAGGAUGGGCAAGAAGGGAAAGAAGCUUGAACCGCCAUGGACAUUGAGCCUGGAGCAUGCAGCAUCAGAGCGACUCGGCGGAGGCGACAUCGUGUCCUACUCGUUUGACGUUCUCAAGGAGGCAGCUGACGUGGCUGUGGAGAGGCUUGUGAUUCGCCAGUGCGGAUUGCUGGUGCCUCGGGUGUCUAUUGGCUCUCCGUCGCUGCUGUUCAUUCAACAAGGGUCGGGUGUGGUGGAGCUGAUAGAUGACAAUGGCCAGGUGCCUGCUGACGUGUCACCAAUCACUGUGAACAGCGGGGAUGCCGUGGUGGUUCCCAAGGGAUGGACGUACAGCAUCGGGAACUUCCUCAACCAAUCACCAGAGCUCAUCAUUACAGCCGUUCGCUUCAGCCAUCACAAGCAGAAAUCGUACCUUGCAGGCAGCAAACCCCACUCGGUGCUGUCUGGCUUCAGUCUGCACAUCCUGGAGACGGCAUUCAACCAGCAGCACGAUGUGGUCAGGGCGCUGCUUGACCAAGCCUCUGGCGGAGGGAUCAUCGUGUCCCGCUGCGUACCGCCCUCGCCUCCCAAGCCAGCUGCAGAGGGGGAUGACUUCGGGGAGGAUGGGGCAGAGGGUGAUGUUUCAGGGGAUGUGGAGGAAUUGGGAACGGGUAGGGGUGCUGCUGGGAUGAGAAGGAUGGGUUUGGCUGAAGGAGUGGAGCUUGGGUUAGAGGGCAAGAAGGGCAAGAAGGAGAAAAAGGAGAAAAAGAAGGGCAAGAAGGAGAAGAAGGAGAAGAAAAAGGAGAAGAAGGAUAAGAAAGGAAAGAAGGAGAAGAAGAAGAAAAAAACUGUUCUGGUGGAUCACGUGGCGGCACGGCAGCCUGCAAUUGCCACGGAGGGAGGCAGCAUGGUCCGCGUGUCGUACCGGGACUUCAAGGCGCUCAGGCUCACAGGCAUUGAGGGCGAGAUUGUACUGCUGACCCUCUACCCGCAUGCGGUGGUGGCGCCACACAUUCACGGCAACGCAGCGGUGGUCUUCACGGUGCUCAAGGGUUCGGGGCACUUUGAGUCGGUGCACCCCAACGGCACCACGGCUGCCAGUGAUGCCGUGCAGGCAGGCCACGUGGGGGUGGUCCCCAUGGGGUACGCCCAUGCUCUGCAGGCGGGAGAGCAGGGCGUGCAGAUUCUUGGCAUUCGAAUUGACAUCUCUGGAUUGGUAGCUGGUAGCUAA